CUUAUCUCUGAGUGAGCAUAUGCUAGGGUUGAAUGUAUUUUGAACCUUUCAUUUUAAAUUUGGAACCGAAGUAAGAGUUUAAAGUGCAACAGAAGAGAGUCUGCUGAACUUUAGACAUGAGGGAUCCAGGGAGGAAGAGCCUGGCCCAACUAGAGAAUCUGUGCAAACAGCUGUAUGAAACCACAGACACAACCACUCGACUCCAGGCAGAGAAAGCCUUGGUUGAAUUUACCAACAGCCCCGAUUGCCUGAGCAAGUGCCAGCUACUCCUCGAAAGAGGAAGUUCCUCUUACUCCCAGUUACUGGCAGCUACAUGCCUUACCAAGCUUGUAUCACGCACAAACAACCCCCUACCAUUGGAACAGCGAAUAGAUAUUCGGAACUAUGUGCUCAACUACCUUGCCACUCGGCCAAAGUUGGCUACUUUCGUGACACAAGCACUUAUUCAGUUAUAUGCCAGAAUCACAAAACUGGGCUGGUUUGACUGUCAGAAGGAUGACUAUGUCUUCAGAAAUGCAAUCACAGAUGUCACAAGGUUUUUACAGGAUAGUGUUGAAUACUGCAUCAUUGGUGUCACAAUUUUAUCUCAGCUAACCAAUGAAAUUAAUCAAGUAAGUGCUACAGCCUUCCUCAUUGAAGCAGACACCACCCAUCCUUUAACCAAGCACAGAAAAAUAGCCUCUUCUUUUCGCGAUUCAUCAUUAUUUGAUAUCUUCACACUUUCCUGCAAUUUACUAAAACAGGCUUCAGGAAAGAAUCUAAACUUGAAUGAUGAAAGUCAGCAUGGCUUGCUCAUGCAACUGCUCAAGCUCACUCAUAACUGCCUCAACUUUGACUUCAUCGGCACUUCCACUGAUGAGUCUUCAGACGACCUGUGUACAGUGCAGAUUCCCACCAGCUGGAGAUCAGCAUUCUUAGAUUCUUCAACCCUGCAGCUGUUUUUUGACCUGUAUCAUUCCAUCCCUCCUUCAUUUUCACCUCUGGUAUUAUCCUGCUUGGUACAGAUUGCCUCAGUCAGAAGAUCCCUGUUUAACAAUGCAGAGAGGGCCAAGUUUCUCUCUCAUCUUGUUGAUGGCGUUAAACGAAUACUGGAAAACCCACAGAGUUUAUCAGACCCAAACAAUUACCAUGAGUUUUGCAGACUACUGGCCCGAUUGAAGAGUAACUAUCAACUGGGAGAACUGGUAAAGGUGGAAAACUACCCUGAGGUCAUCCGAUUGAUAGCCAACUUCACAGUGACCAGCCUACAGCACUGGGAAUUUGCUCCAAAUAGUGUGCACUAUCUUCUGAGCCUGUGGCAGCGUCUGGCAGCCUCUGUGCCGUAUGUCAAAGCCACAGAGCCCCACAUGCUGGAAACUUACACUCCUGAGGUCACCAAAGCCUACAUCACAUCCCGGUUGGAAUCUGUGCACAUCAUACUGAGAGAUGGCCUGGAAGAUCCUCUGGAGGAUACGGGGCUGGUCCAGCAGCAGUUGGACCAGCUGUCCACCAUUGGGCGUUGUGAGUAUGAGAAGACCUGUGCACUCCUCGUGCAGUUGUUUGACCAGUCGGCCCAGUCGUACCAGGAGCUGCUACAGAGCGCCAGCGCAAGCCCAAUGGACAUUGCAGUGCAGGAGGGAAGGCUGACAUGGCUGGUUUACAUUAUUGGAGCAGUGAUCGGUGGCCGGGUUUCUUUUGCCAGCACUGAUGAGCAAGACGCCAUGGAUGGUGAGCUUGUCUGUCGGGUGCUCCAGCUGAUGAAUCUAACAGAUUCUCGUUUGGCCCAGGCGGGUAAUGAGAAGCUAGAGUUGGCCAUGCUGAGCUUUUUUGAACAGUUUCGUAAGAUCUACAUUGGGGACCAAGUGCAGAAAUCCUCUAAGCUGUACCGCCGACUCUCAGAAGUUCUGGGCUUGAAUGAUGAGACCAUGGUCCUAAGCGUCUUCAUAGGAAAAAUCAUCACCAACUUGAAGUACUGGGGCCGUUGCGAACCAAUCACCUCCAAGACACUACAGCUUCUCAAUGACCUCUCCAUUGGGUACAGUAGUGUAAGGAAGCUAGUGAAGCUUAGUGCGGUACAGUUCAUGCUGAACAAUCACACGAGCGAGCACUUUUCAUUUUUGGGUAUUAACAAUCAGUCCAACCUGACAGAUAUGCGGUGUCGGACUACCUUCUACACAGCACUUGGGCGUCUCCUCAUGGUGGAUUUAGGAGAGGAUGAAGAUCAGUAUGAGCAGUUCAUGCUGCCACUCACAGCAGCGUUUGAGGCUGUGGCCCAGAUGUUUAGCACCAACAGUUUCAACGAGCAAGAGGCAAAGCGAACUCUAGUUGGCCUAGUAAGAGACCUGAGAGGGAUCGCUUUCGCUUUCAAUGCCAAGACCAGCUUCAUGAUGCUCUUUGAAUGGAUAUAUCCAUCCUAUAUGCCAAUUCUCCAACGGGCAAUUGAGCUCUGGUACCAUGAUCCAGCGUGUACUACACCUGUACUCAAGUUGAUGGCUGAGUUAGUUCAUAAUAGAUCCCAGCGACUCCAGUUUGAUGUCUCUUCCCCCAAUGGCAUCUUACUCUUCCGAGAAACCAGCAAGAUGAUAACAAUGUAUGGCAAUCGCAUCCUGACACUAGGAGAGGUCCCAAAGGAUCAGGUCUAUGCUCUGAAGCUCAAGGGCAUCUCCAUCUGCUUCUCCAUGCUGAAGGCUGCUCUCAGUGGGAGUUACGUCAAUUUUGGAGUCUUUCGUCUCUAUGGAGAUGAUGCCCUGGACAAUGCUCUGCAGACCUUCAUCAAGCUGCUCCUCUCUAUUCCCCACAGUGAUCUCUUGGAUUACCCGAAGCUCAGCCAGUCUUAUUAUUCACUACUGGAAGUCCUGACCCAGGACCAUAUGAACUUUAUUGCAAGCUUGGAACCUCGUGUCAUCAUGUAUAUUCUCUCUUCCAUUUCUGAAGGACUUACUGCACUUGACACCAUGGUAUGCACAGGCUGCUGCUCCUGCCUAGACCAUAUUGUAACAUACCUCUUCAAGCAGCUGUCACGUAGCACCAAGAAGAGGACCACACCCCUGAAUCAGGAGAGCGACCGCUUUCUGCACAUCAUGCAGCAGCAUCCAGAGAUGAUCCAGCAGAUGCUGUCCACGGUGCUGAACAUCAUCAUCUUUGAAGACUGUAGGAACCAGUGGUCUAUGUCCCGACCACUACUUGGCUUGAUAUUGCUUAAUGAAAAGUAUUUUUCUGACCUAAGGAACAGUAUCGUGAACAGCCAGCCACCAGAGAAGCAGCAGGCCAUGCACCUGUGUUUUGAGAACCUGAUGGAAGGCAUUGAGCGAAAUCUUCUUACGAAAAACAGAGACAGGUUCACCCAGAACCUGUCAGCAUUCCGUCGAGAAGUCAACGACUCGAUGAAGAAUUCCACUUAUGGCGUGAAUAGCAAUGACAUGAUGAGCUGACACCUCCUUGGACUCUACCUGUACAGAGCAGCGUCCCUUUGGUUUGGCCCAGAGGGGCGAACAAUUGCAAGGGAGAGGGCCUGGCUGAUCCUGGCUCUUUUCUCCAGGGGUGUGGGGAAAAUGGCAAAGGUCAACUAGCUACAUCCCCAGGGAAUAGGGGUGUGAGUGCACUCACUAGGGGGCAGGGCGCUGCUGGUUCCUGGGGGACUGGGUGGGAAGGGUGGUGGGAGGAGAUAAGAGACACAAACUGAGACUCCAGCCUCUCCUCCUGGGGCCACUCAAGGGGGGAGAACCCCUAGUGUCCUGCCACAACCUGCCUUGUAUAAACAUGUACAUUUUUUCAUAACAUUUUGAACAAGGUUUAUAUUGACUCAAGUUUAAAAACAAAAAGUGUGACUGAAAAAUUUUUACAGAGUCUAGUGCACCAAUGCUGAUGUGAGGGGUUGUGUAUGCGAGUGAAGAAAAUGUGUAUUCUGGUGGCCUGAAGCUUUACUGGACAAGGAUGUGUGAGAGUGCAGAGAUAUAUUUAGUGACACAGUAGAGAGGCAAAAAAAAAAAAAAAAAAAAGAGCUAAAAUUCCAAAUGUAUAUUUUUUCGUAUUGCCCUGUCCUCACCCAGAAAUGAUCACUUCCUGUUACUGUAUUAACCCUUGUUAUUAGGAACUCUAAGCCAUGCCAGAACACCGUCCCUCCCCUUGGACCAUAUAGAUUCUGCCCUGGGUCCCUAGCCCCUUGCAGUGAUAAAUAACUCCAGCUAAAAGUGUUUGGUGUUCUUAUCUCCAUCCUCUUUCCUACUUUGCUUACCCUCAUCCUCAGACAGAUGCCUCUUGCUUUUAAAAGUUGGAUUUAACGACGUGUUGUAGGGUUCUUGGUCUCUGUGAAGGUAGAGACCAGAGAGAAGGAAGUGAACCCACUGCUCUUCUGUGGAGCAAUGUGGGUGAGUCCACCAGAGGCCCUGCUGUGUGUGGCCAAUAAAUUUUAGUCUUCCCCAGCCCUCGAGGCAGUGUGUGUGGAUGUAUGCGUGUGGAUAUUUAUAUAUGUACCCUGCACUCAUGAAUGUAUGAACUGGAGGAAGUUACUACAGUGGAGGGGUUCUUAAUAACAAGGUCUACCUAGCAUGAAGUAUUUAACAUUCUCCCACCCCUUAAAAAAUAUACAUUUUUAUAAAAUGAAAACCAUAAUAAAUGUUUUGAAUAUUAAAAAAAGAAAUAACCUACAGAGGAAAAUUAAUGGAGAAAGCUAUUUGCCUUGUACUUUUUCCACAACUGUUGCUGCUAGUUGUACACAUCUCUAGUUCAGCUCUUGCCCACGGGACACUCAUCAAUUAGGUUUUAUUUUUAUUUCUCUCCUUUACCCCCAGAAACAAGCCUGUUAAUUUUUUCCCCUUCUCCUCUGGCGACUGUGUGAUGAAUCCUUUCUUGCGUGAUCAGGUUGCGGAUAGACUUGUAAGGGUGUUUGCUGCAUACAGUGUAAGCAUUGUGACCGCCAAUAAACUUCAAUGGUUUCUACUGA